UGAUAAGGGCAUCAGUGGGAGAUUUUCUACAGGGAGGUGAAGAAUCAAUGUGUGGGGGAGAAAAGAGAAAAAAUUCCUGAAAAAGAGAAUUAAAAAAAACACAUUGAAGAAAUAAGGGUCUCAGCACCAACCCAGACCAUGUGGACCCCGGAUGAGAUUGCAAGCCUGUGUUAUCAGCACUAUAGGAUUAGGCUGCCCAAGCAGGGGAAGCCAGAGCCCAAUCGUGAAUGGACGUUACUAGCAGCCGUGGUGAAGAUACAGCGAAUAGCUGACCAGACCUGUGACUGCCCUGACAAACAGGUGCAAGUGACAAAGGAAGUUGUCUCAAUGGGAACAGGAACAAAAUGCAUAGGCCAGUCCAAAAUGAGGAAGAGCGGAGACAUCCUCAACGAUAGCCAUGCUGAGGUCAUAGCCAGAAGGAGUUUCCAAAGGUACCUUCUCCAUCAACUUUACUUGGCGGCCACCCUAAAGGAGGAUAGCAUCUUUGUACCAGGAACUCAGAGAGGACAGUGGAAACUCAAACCAGACCUGUCGUUUGUCUUUUUCUCCAGCCAUACACCCUGCGGGGAUGCCUCCAUCAUUCCAAUGCUCGAGUUUGAAGACCAGCCUUGCUGUCCUGUCAGUAGAGAUUGGGCCCAUAACCCAUCAGUAGAAGCCAGUGAUAACCUGGAAGCUACUGAAGAUAAAAGGAAACGUGAAGACCCGGACAGUCCUAUGGCCAAAAAAAUGAGGCUUGAGCCCAGGACUCCUGCCAGAAAAGUUGCCAACGGUGAGGCUGACCAUCAGUGUUUUGGCAAUCAGGAAAGUGGCCCAGUCCCACCAAAAGUCGGCAGCUCUGAUCUCCCCUCAGAGGAACUGGCCACUGGACUGGCCCCCAGUGGUGCCAAAGUGGUGGAUGUUUAUAGAACCGGAGCUAAGUGUGUGCCUGGGGAAGCUGGAGACUCAGGGAAGCCUGGUGCCGCGUACCACCGGGUGGGGCUGCUGCGAGUGAAGCCAGGCCGGGGAGACAGGACUUGCUCCAUGUCCUGCAGUGACAAGCUGGCACGGUGGAACGUCCUCGGAUGCCAGGGGUCACUGCUGAUGCACUUCCUGGAAGAGCCCAUCUACCUGUCAGCCGUGGUCAUCGGGAAGUGCCCGUACAGCCAGGAAGCCAUGCGGAGAGCGCUAAUUGGGAGGUGUCAGAAUAUCUCAGCUUUACCCAAAGGCUUCAGAGUUCAAGAAGUGAAAAUACAGCAGUCGGAUUUACUGUUCGAGCAGAGCCGCUGCGUGGUGCAGACCAAAAGGGCUGACGGUCCAGGCCGACUCGUUCCUUGCGGAGCAGCCAUCAGCUGGAGUGCAGUUCCUGAGCAGCCGUUGGACGUCACCGCCAAUGGCUUUCCACAGGGUACAACAAAGAAGGGGAUCAGAAGCCUUCAGGCCAGAUCUCGAAUCAGCAAAGUGGAACUCUUUAGAUCAUUCCAGAAGCUGCUAAGCAGUAUUUCAGAGGACAAGUGGCCAGACUCCCUCAGGGUGCAGAAGCUAGAGACGUAUCAAGAGUACAAGGAGGCUGCAGCUGCCUACCAGGAAGCCUGGAGCAUGCUCCGAAAGCAUGCAUUUGGAUCCUGGAUCAGAAACCCACCAGAUUAUCACCAGUUUAAAUGAGACGGGACAGUUUGCAAAGAGCUUACUGGUAGCAUGGUGUUUUCCAGCCCGUUCUGCUAGACCACCUUCUUCCUUUGUGCUGGACAAGCGUUAGCUAUUCUUGUGGCUGAAUCAGGACAAAAAGUCUGCCAUCUACCAGAGCAACAUAUCUCUUCUGUGUAAGAGAGAUGGAAUUUCGGAACAUGGAACAAUCCACACUUGAUUGAAGUAGCUCUCUACUAAAAUGGCAUCUCACUAAUGACCUUGGCAUCUGCCCUAACCUGUGUUUUAUUACUCCUCAAGAUUAUGGAAUAAGAAUUUGAAAUAUGGUACUUUAAAAGUGAUGCUCUGUUUUGUGUGUUCCUACAUUAAUUCAGCAAGUAUAUGUUGGGCUGGAAUGAUGUUUAAAUCUCUGCAAGUCUGCCUGGCAUCGUGGGCAUAUAUUUUGCAUACCCAGUCUCUCUUCUUUCGGAGAGCCAUCCCAUCCUGCUCAGUGGGAAACCAUGCAGCCAUGAGACUUGGUUGAAGCAAACCUUAUUCCUGCCUCCAGGAAUGUGAGCUAUCGAGCCCUGGACAGUCCUGGAACUGUUGAUAGAGCUAUCAGGAAAGAUUCUCUCUCCUCUUGUAUCAGGAGCUGGGAGGGCCACAUAUUCUUGGAACCUUGCCUGCCACAUAGAGACAGCCAGCUUCAGAAUGAAGGCAGCAACGAAUGAAACAGAUGCCUGAAGCCAGUGCCCACCCUGGACUUCGAUUAUAGGACAUACAUUCCUGCUGUUUUGAGUGGGCCUGUUUGAGAUGGUUUUCUGUGACUCUCAGUGGAAAGUGUUCUGUCUAAAAAGCCAAAAGUCCACAGAGUAAAUCAGCAACAGACUUAGCAAUCAAGCCUGUUUAACUAACAUGUAAUAUUAAACUCUUCACCCCUUCGCACCUUAAAUUAUUGCCUGACGAUAGAAGCUCGCCCUGUUGAGAUUAGUCAAGGCUCUUGUCAGUUCUUCAGCAUUUCUUUAUAGCUUUAAAUAUGUUUUAAUAAAAAGUUUUGUUGAGUUAUAAUUCACAUACCAUAAAAUUAACCCACUUAAAGUAUACAUGUUCGUGGUUUUGGUAUAUCCAAAAAGUUGUGCAAGCAUCACCACAAUCAACUUUUAAACUUUUUUUUGUUCUAAAUGUGGGGGGACACUAUUCAACCCCGUGCAGACACUAGCAGUAACUUCCCGUUCCCCUUCAGCCCUUUAGCCCCAGGGCAAGCAGUAGUCCACUUUCUGUCUCUAGAUUUGCCUCUUCUGAGUAUUUCAUGUAAUGGAAUCAUACAAUACAUGAUCUUUUGUGCCUGUGAUAAUGUUUUGUGAUUCAUGAUGUUGUAACAUGAAUUGGUACCAUGAAAUAAAAAAUAAAAUUCA